AUCCGUAAUUUUGUGUACACCGUUCGUCCUUGACCUUCUUUGCUGGUUUUGCGAUAAAAUAUAAAUCAUGCUGCGUGUUUACAGUGUGAUCGGAAAAGAGCUUGGCAACAAAUCGAAUCAAAUAUUCUCCCCUGUGUGGAGCUGUGCCAGGUUUGCCAGCAUCUCGGCCCCUCUUGACCCGACGUGGUCAGCUGGAGCCAAGAAGGAGCUGAGGGGGAAGGAUGUGGAGGACACUCUCACAUGGAGGACAUCAGAGGGAAUAAACGUCAAGCCUCUCUACACUCAAGAAGAUGUGAAGGAAGUACCAAACGAGAUCCCAGGGCAGUACCCCUACACCCGGGGCCCGUACUACACCAUGUACACACACAGGCCCUGGACCAUCAGACAGUAUGCAGGAUUCAGCACUGUGGAAGAGAGCAACAAGUUCUACCGGGACAACAUCGCAGGAGGCCAGCAGGGUCUGAGCGUCGCCUUCGACCUCGCCACACACAGAGGCUAUGACUCUGACAAUCCCCGUGUUGUUGGCGAUGUUGGCAUGGCUGGGGUUGCUAUAGACUCUGUGGAGGACAUGAAGCUGCUGUUUGAUGGCAUCCCACUGUCCAAACUCUCCACGUCCAUGACGAUGAAUGGAGCCGUGCUGCCAGUCCUGGCUAUGUUCGUGGUUGCUGCUGAGGAACAGGGAGCGUCACAGGACCAGCUUACCGGGACCAUACAGAAUGACAUCCUGAAAGAGUUCAUGGUGCGGAACACCUACAUCUUCCCCCCGGAGCCCUCCAUGAAGAUCAUCGGGGAUAUCUUCGAGUACACAUCAAAGAACAUGCCCAAGUUCAACUCCAUCUCCAUCUCCGGCUACCACAUGCAGGAGGCGGGGGCGGAUGCCGUCAUCGAGCUAGCUUUCACUAUCGCUGAUGGGCUGGAGUACAUCAGGACAGGUGUCAGUCGGGGUUUAGAUGUGGACAAAUUUGUUCCAAGAUUGUCUUUCUUCUGGGGUCUUGGCAUGAACUUCUACAUGGAGAUUGCGAAGAUGCGAGCAGCCAGGCGCCUUUGGUCCAACUUGGUGAGGGAGAAGUUCCAGCCCAAGAACCCCAAGUCAGAGUUACUGCGAGCUCACUGUCAGACUUCUGGCUGGUCCCUCACAGAACAGGAUCCGUACAACAACAUCAUCCGCACAGUGGUGGAGGCGAUGUCGGGGGUGUUUGGGGGCACACAGUCUCUACACACCAACUCUUUCGAUGAAGCUCUUGGACUGCCGACGCCAUUCAGUGCCAGGAUAGCGAGAAACACACAGAUCAUCCUGCAGGAAGAGUCUGGAAUUCCUAAUGUGGCUGACCCCUGGGGCGGGUCCUACAUGAUGGAAAACCUCACCAAUGACAUCUACGAUGAAGCACUCAAGUUAAUCAAUGAGAUUGAGGAGAUGGGAGGAAUGGCUAAGGCUGUGGCAUCUGGGAUGCCUAAGCUGAAGAUUGAGGAGUGUGCAGCCAAGAGACAGGCCAGGAUCGACAGUGAAUCAGAGGUGAUAGUUGGCGUGAACAAAUAUCGAUUGAAGGAUCAGGACACAGUGGAAGUCCUCUCUAUAGACAACACUGUGGUACUACAGAAGCAGGUGGCCAGAUUGAAGACGAUGCGGGAGACAAGAAAUGUGGCUAAGUGCCAGGGAGCCCUGUCUGCCCUCACCAAGUGCUGUGAGACUGGGGCUGGGAACUUGCUCCAUCUGUCUAUAGAGGCUGCCAGGGCGCGGGCAUCGGUAGGGGAGAUAACUCAGGCCAUGGAAGUGGUGUUUGGCCGUCAUGUAGCCAGCGACAGAAUGGUGAGCGGAGCGUACGUGACGGAGUUCGGUGAAGCCGAGGAAAUGAGAAUUGUGUCUGAGAGAAUAAAGAGCUUCGUGGAGGUGGAAGGGCGACGCCCACGUAUCCUGGUAGCCAAGGUGGGCCAGGACGGCCAUGAUCGGGGCGGGAAGGUGAUUGCCACGGGCUUUGCUGAUCUCGGCUUUGAUGUCGACAUUGGCCCACUCUUUGCAACACCAAAAGAGGCAGCUCAGCAAGCGAUUGAUGCAGAUGUGCAUGUUGUGGGAGUUAGCUCCCUUGCUGCGGGUCACAAGACCCUGAUUCCAGAACUUAUCAAGGAACUCCAGAACAUGGGACGACCUGACAUCCUGGUUGUAGCCGGCGGCGUGAUCCCUCCCCAGGACUAUGACUUCCUCUUCAGUGCUGGCUGCUCCGCUGUUUUUGGCCCAGGGACACGGAUACCAGACGCUGCAAUGAAGCUGAUCGACAUGAUUGGUCAGCAUUCAACCGAGACAAAACAAAGGGCCUAAUACUGAGAAUGACAUCAAUGCAAAGAUCUGAGACAUUCUGCAUUAUAAGUGCCAUGCUGUUAGUGCAUCUAAGUGCCAUGAUAUGCUUCUUCGUCUGAUGUUGUUCUGUAACUUCCUUUGGUAUACGACCCGUGAAGAUCCGGGGUAGAAUAGGUGUUCAGCAACCAAUGCUUGCCAUAAAAGGCAACUAUGAUUGUCGUAAGAGGCGACUAAUGGGAUUGUUGAUUAGGUUGAUGAAUGUCAUCGUAU